AACCUUGUUGGACUACUAUUAAUGCAGCACAACACGUUUGCAAUACAAGUUGUACAUAUAUCACAAAAAGCGGCGACCAAAACCUACAGAGCGCUGAGGGAACGACGUUAAGAUCGAGAGUGGCUCGAAUCACUUUUAUUCAGAUGCGGCGCCAAAUACAAGGUCGUUUCGAGAUCCCAUGCCCGCACAUCGCGCAGGUAUUCAUACAGUGAUACUCGUUAGAUUUAUCUCAGCUGUAAAGGACAUCGAAGAUGUGACGAAGGCGACUGCCACAUCAAUAAAGCCCGACGAACCUGAGAAGAACGCACUGGCUUUCUACCGACUAUCGGGCACCAAGAUACUGUGCAUGACAGUGCAACGCCAUUGGUUGCCAACCCUUAUAUUCAUACACACAAGCAAAUGUCUUGUCGACAAAUGCAUGCAGGACAUUAUGUCAGUCCUGCAUUCGUUGAGUGCCACGGAUCACAAUCAACGGUAUACUACACCAAGAAGUAUGAAAGAGGUUCCGCGGGUGUGUGGGCGGGACUUGAGGGACUCUAAAUCAACAAAGCCCGACGAACCUGAGAAGAACGCACUGGCUUUCUACCGACUAUCGGAGACCAAGAUGCCGUGCGUGACAGUGCGACGGCAUUGGUUGCCAACCCUUAUAUUCAUACAUACAAGCAAAUGUCUUGUCGACAAAUGCAUGCAGGACAUUAUGUCGGUCCUGCUUUCGUUGAGUGUCACGGAUCACAGUCGACGGGAUACUACACCAAGAAGUAUGAAAGAGGUUCCACGGGUGUGGGCGGGACUCUGGCAGAAGAUCAGUGGGUAGAGAUUGAGCAGUUGGCACGGCGGGAGAUGACUAUGCAUACUACAGAGCGUGUAUCUUCCAGCACCUGUUUUGGACCGGUAAAUGGACCGAGGGAGUCAGUGCGUCGUUUCAGGUGAAGCAGUGCCUUGGUACUUUAGUUGAUCCUGGUGCCUAAGAGCAGGCCACAU